AUGAAUGUGUCCAGCUGGGGACAAGAAUUGUCAAUAGCCAGAUGGGCAUCCUUGAUGAUUCUCAUUUUGCUGCUGCAGAUGCCUCAGAUUGUCAGCAAGAAUGUGGACAAGAGGCUUGAUCAGCAGACAUUGGCUCCAAAUGGCUCUCGCAUACCAGAGAAUAUUGUCAUUGGUGAAUUUGUCUCUUUUUUAAUCCACACGUUUAGAGAGAUCCCAUAUACUACAACACCAGAUCCAGAAGUAACUGUCAACCUAGUGCCAAAUUACUACCACCAAGUUCUUGCUUUUUCGUUUGCUAUGAAUGAGAUCAACAAGAAUGUCAACCUCUUACCCAACACAACACUGUCUUCCAUCUUCAGUCAAAAUGCUUACAAUGAAAUGGGAAGCUGCUCUGGCACUAUGGAACUCCUUUUCCCAACAAAGGGGAAGACCCUUAAUUACAUCUGUAGUGAGACAUACAAGCUAAUGGCCAUCAUUGGUGGACUCACCUUUCAUAACUCCAAGCAGAUGCCUCACAUCUUAAAUAUCUAUAAGAUGCCACAGCUCACUUAUGCCUCCUUUGACCCUGAACUGAGUGAUAAAACACAGUUCCCUUCUGUCUAUCGGAUGAUGCCAAAUGAAAGGCCUCAGUAUUCUGGGAUUGUUCAGCUGCUUCAGCAUUUUGGAUGGACCUGGAUUGGCCUGAUUGCUUCAGAUGAUGACAGUGGAGAAUUGUUACUGAGGACUCUCAUUCCUUGGCUGCACCACAGGAGUAUUUGUAUUGCUUUUAAGGAAAUUAUUCCAACACCAAAGGAACCUUGGGAUGCAGCACUGCUAGGAAAUAAGAACUUGGCAAGAAUAAGAUCUACUCUUGUGUCAGUUGAAACCAAUGUGAUUCUUGUUCAUGGAGAUUCACGGUCUAUGGAAGGCUUACGACUUGUUCUGUUCUUACAAGAAUUUAAGCAACCAAAACCAAUAGAGAGGGUUUGGAUCAUCACAGCUCAAUGGGAUUUCACAACUGUGUUGCAUACGUUAGCAUUCACACCAAGAUCCUUCAAUGGCACCUUGUCCUUCGCACUCCACACUAAGGGUGUGGCAGAUUAUGAAGAGUUCCUUGAGACGGUCAAUCCUAAUCAAUCUACACUUUAUUACAUCUAUCAUUUCUGGUCCGUUACAUUUAUGUGUGCAUUCCCCACAUAUAACCUUAAUGCGCCAGGCAUAGAAAAUUGUACUGGAGAAGAGAAGUUGAGGAACCUCUCUGAAAUUGUGUUUCAAAAGGGAAUGUCAGGUCAGAGUUACAGUAUCUACAAUGCAGUUUAUGCUGUGGCACAUGCUCUCCAUGCCAUGUUCUCAUCAAGAUCUAAGCAGAAGGCUUUGGGAGAUGGAGCCACAUGGAAGCUCUCAAAUAUUUAUCCAUGGCAGCUUCACUCCUUUCUGAAAAAUGUACACUUCAACAAUAGUGCUGGGGAAGAAAUAUUUUUUGAUAAAAAUGGAGAGUUAGCAGCUGGAUAUGAUGUCAUCAACACAGUCAUGUUUCUUAAUAAGUCCAUCCAUAAAGUCCGUGUUGGAAGGAUGGACCCACAGGCUCCUGAAAGAAAGAAGUUCACCAUCAAUGGAAGUGCUGUUGUGUGGAAUCAGAGGUUUAACCAGCAGCAGCAGCAGCAGCAACAAAUGAGGCAGAUCAGCAGCCUACAAAUAAUCUUCUAUGAGAUCCUUCCCAAAUCCACAUGUGCUGAGAGUUGCCAGCCUGGACACAGCAGAAUCAUGCGACAGGAGGAACAGAUUUGUUGUUAUGAUUGUCCUCAGUGCUCUGAAGGAAUGAUUUCAAACCUGGUGGAUGCAGAACAUUGCAACAAGUGCCCUGAGGAUGAGCAUCCAAACAAGAACCAGGAUCACUGCAUCCCUAAACUUAUAAUCUAUCUAUCAUAUGGAGAGCCCUUGGGAAUAAUUCUGGUUUCGUUUGCUCUUUUUGUUUCUCUGAUCACCCUUGUGAUAAUGUGGAUCUUCAUUCAACAUCAUAAUACCCCCAUUGUCAAGGCUAACAACUGGAAUAUCACCUACACCCUGCUCAAUUCCCUUUUGCUUAGUUUUCUUUGUUCAUUCCUAUUCAUAGGACAGCCUGAGAAGGUGACCUGCCUUCUCCGGCAAACAGUGUUUGGAAUCAUCUUCUCCCUCGCUGUUUCUUGUGUGUUGGCUAAAACCAUCACUGUGGUUGUGGCCUUCAUGGCCACCAAGCCAGGAAACAGAAUGAGGAAAUGGAUAGGAAAGAGGCUGACACUAUCAGUCAUCAUCCUCUGUACUCUUAUUCAAACGGGCAUCUGUGUAGUGUGGUUGGCAACCUCUCCACCCUUCCCAGAGUUUGACAUGCACUCCCAGACUGGCCAGAUCAUUGUGCAAUGCAAUGAAGGAUCAGCCCUCAUGUUUUAUAGUGUCCUGGGCUACAUGGGACUUCUGGCCAUCAUCAGCUUCACUGCGGCUUUCUUUGCCAGGAAGUUGCCUGAUACUUUCAAUGAAGCCAAACUGAUCACCUUCAGCAUGCUGGUGUUUUGCAGUGUUUGGGUGGCUUUUGUCCCCACCUACCUGAGCACCAAAGGGAAAUACAUGGUUGCUGUGGAGAUCUUCUCCAUCUUGGCCUCUAGUUUUGGAUUAUUGUGUUGCAUCUUCCUCCCCAAAUUCUACAUUAUUAUACUGAGGCCUGAGCUGAAUACCAGAGAGCAGCUGGUAAGGAAAAAGAAUUUGGUUGCCUGA